GUUGGAAACAUGUCACGGAGGAAACAGCUGAAACCACAGCAGGUCCACACUGAUGAUUUAUCUCUGCGCAGACACACCGAUGAUGUGUCUCUCAGUGCGGACUCUCCUCCUGCAGUGGAUCUCUGUGUUCAUGUCUGCAGCCGAUGCUGUGCUGAGUUUACUGCGCUGUCAGAUCUGCAACAACAUCAAACCGCCUGCUCUCCAAAUCCACCAGUUCUGAUCGUGAAUGAGGACGAGGAUCUGCAAUCCAUCUGGUCACCAGCCAGCCCAUCACAGGACAGAUCCAACAGAAGCGCAGAUUUCAUGGAUUGUUUUAGCAGAAGUAGACAUGCAGAAAGUCCCUCAAGCUCCAGCAGUAACCAGAGUGUCAGUGGCACUGAAUGUAAAACUGAUGAUGACCUUUGUACCUCGGAUUUCCCAGAAUCCUUACCUCAGCAGGGCUGCUCAUCCGACCCAGCAGGAUACUCGUGGAUGAAGAGCAACGUCGUUAUUGAAAACCUGGAGAGCACUAAAGUGGCCGUGGCUCAGUUUUCACAGCUGAUGCACUCGGACAGCUGCCGCAGUCAGACCAACAUCUCAUCUCUGCUGCAGCAGCUCCUCGCCCUGCAGAUACAACAGGUCCACCAGCUGCAGCUCAUUGAUCAAAUCCGUCACCAUGUUCUGUUGUUUGCUUCUCACCAGGCUGAAACACCAGAGACCCUGAUGAUCUGCACCAAGGAGCUGCCGUCUUCAAAAUCCACCAAUCAGCUCAAGGCUCUCGGCACUCAUCUGUCUCAGCAGCUAGCUGCAGCUGCAGGGUUAGCCAAAAGCUUAUCGACUCAAUCUGCUAACAUCAGUGGCUACAAACAGUUCACAGUCACAGAGCAGCUAAAUCAAAGUCAACCUGACAGCAAAGAUGUGAUGUCAGAGUCCUCAGAGAGUCUUAAUGAGCUCAUGACGACAGCAGCUCAUGAGCGCAUUUCUAAAACACAACACAUGGACUCCCAACUUAGUUUCUUGUCCCAAACCAAGAUGUCCUCUUUGAUGUUUAGUAAUAAUUGCUUCAUCAGUAAGACUUCUGAGAACUCUCAUGCACCUCACCCUUCAUCCCGCAGUGAGCAUACAGAGUCUAUACCAAACAUCAGUGCAAUCGUGGAGGAUCUGGAUGCCCUGGCAGCUUUGGCCCAGCAGAGCAAAUGCAAGAAUCUGAAGCAUUCUGCAGCCACGCCUUCAAAAGAGUUUCUCUUCAAACACAGAUGCAGAUUUUGCAGCAAAGGUUUUGGGAGCGACAGUGCCUUGCAAAUUCAUCUGCGAUCCCACACUGGAGAGCGGCCAUACAAAUGCAACGUCUGUGGAAACAGGUUCUCCACCCGGGGGAACCUAAAGGUUCAUUUUCAGAGGCACAAAGAGAGGUACCCACACAUCCAGAUGAACCCUUAUUUUGCUCCAGGGCACCUGGACAAAAUCCAAACCAAUGCUGGGAUUUAUUUUGGUAUGUUACCAGAGAAAGCAGCUUUAAGAUGGCUUGAUAGGUCACCUUCCAAAACCACAAUGACCUCUGGUUCUCUGGAGAAGCCGCACUCAACCAACCUGUCCUCUCUCAUCAAGAAAGAGGAGAACCUUAUCUCUGUACCCCUUCCACUUACUCAAGGGGAUCUUUACUUUGAUUCAGCUGCAAGCAUGGACUUCAGGUCAAAAGCAAAAUCUACAAAGAUGCCAGCCUCAGUGGAGACCAGGCAACAAAGAACAAUGAGUCUUCAAAGUGAAGGUGUAAAACCAUCUUUUAACUUUGUCUCUAAAAUGAUGACCACAAAGUCAGAGGAGUUGGUCGCUGUCAAACUCAAUCCAUUCAUCCAUCCCAGUUCCACCUCAUUUUCAGGAUUCCUUUCACUAAAACACUCAACACCAAACAUCAAACUCCAGCUGCCAUCUGACACCACUGACCAAAAAGUGUCAGACCCAAACGAGUGUGUCAUCUGCCACCGCAUCCUCAGCUGUCAGAGCGCUCUGAGGAUGCACUAUCGAACACAUACAGGGGAGCGUCCUUACCGGUGUAAACUUUGUGGCCGAGCUUUCACAACCAAAGGAAACCUGAAGACGCACCAGGCUGUUCACCGUGCUACCGCCCCACUGAGGGCCCAGCACUCGUGCCCUAUCUGCCAAAGGAAGUUCACGAAUGCUGUUGUCUUGCAGCAACAUGUGCACAUGCACAUGGAAGGUCUCUUACCCAGUGCAGACCGUACAAAUCAGACAUACUCAGUGGAUUGCAACGAAGGAUUCAGGGACAAAACAAAAUUGAAUCACAGGAAGAACAUCUCAGAAGACAAUAAUGGGGACUUUUGUGACAACCAGCAGUCUAGAUUCAAAUCCUUAUCCCUCUGUUUGGCCCCAUCGUUUGGUAAAAAUCUAACUGAUGCUAACAAGAGGCCACAUGGGGAGCUGCAGUUCAAAUGGAUCAAAACAGAGAGACCAGAAGGAUCCAAUGACACAAAUAACCAACAUGCUGCUGAAGCCAGUCAGUGGAUUGGUACAUUUCCCAUGUCCAACAUUUCAGCUUCCAAGCAGUCUCUGUCUCCUAAUGGACAAACUUCAAUGUAUUUUAAAACUGUAAGGCUUGAAGAGCCACUCCAGACGUGGCUCGACUCAGCCACUUUAACUCUCCAUGCAUCUGCUGCAGCGCCCACCGACCUUACCUUAUUUAACCAUGCCGAAGAUUCUCCAAACUUUAUUCACAGUCUCAGAGAAAAGGGAGUCCUGAAGAACACGUAUUGUGAUAUAUGUGGGAAGACUUUUGCCUGUCAAAGUGCCUUGGAUAUCCACUACAGAAGCCACACUAAGGAGAGACCGUUUAUCUGCACAACAUGCAACAGGGGCUUUUCCACUAAAGGGAAUCUCAAGCAGCACAUGCUCACACAUCAAAUGAGGGUCUUCCCAUCACAUCUCUUCGAACCUUCCAAUCCUAACCAAGCACCCAACCAUAACAGCUCCAUGUUAUCCAUCGGCUCACCAGCUGUGAAGACAGAGACUGCUGCUGUCCUGAACUCCUCCUUUAGGAAUGGCGAGGACCUUCCUGGUCAUUCCCAGAGCUGUUCUGUUUUAGAGUCUUCUGUAUGUGCUGUAGCACCACCUCGCCGGACACCCAAACAACACCACUGCAAGACUUGUGGGAAGAGCUUCUCCUCCUCUAGUGCUCUGCAGAUCCAUGAGAGGACUCACACUGGGGAGAGGCCAUUUGCCUGUGCUGUCUGUGGACGAGCUUUUACUACCAAAGGAAAUCUAAAGGUUCAUAUGGGCACUCACAUGUGGAACAGCACCCCCAGCAGGAGAGGACGGAGACUGUCUGUGGACAGAUCAUUUGGAUUCGGGAAUCGUCCUGUUAAACUUCCUGAGCCGCCACAGAAGAAUCCUUCCAUGGUUUCCAACAGCAGAGACUCAGUUUACCACUGUAACCAAAGUCCAGAGCUUUUCUCUGCAGGUUUAAAGACGAAUGAUGUUCGUGUGAUUCAGAGUGGACGUCCGUGUUUCUCCUCAGGACACCUGAAGGACUGA